GGGAACGUUACUCUAAUAAACUGUGACAGUCAACAAUUCCUGCACACGAUUUUCUAUCACAUGAUUCACUUGCUGGUCAGGUGCGGAUUCGGCUACAGACAAGGAGCAUUGAAACUACUUUCAGUCAGAGUAACUCACCGAACUAUGUCAGCUUCUGUGCAGAUUUCAACACCGAGGGCAAUGUACCCCGACAUUGAGCCAUACGAGACGGGGAUGUUGAAGGUCUCUGACUUGCACACGGUCUACUAUGAGCAGAGUGGAAACCCUGACGGGAAGCCUGUGAUCUUUCUGCAUGGUGGACCAGGCGGUGGUACCUCCCCUCGAGACCGAACCUUCUUUGACCCUUCCGUGUACAGGAUAGUGCUCAUGGACCAGCGAGGAGCGGGCAAGUCCACUCCACCUGCAGAACUUAGGGAAAACACAACAUGGCACCUGGUGUCAGAUAUCGAAGCACUUCGUGAGAAGCUUGAAAUCAAGAGCUGGGUUGUAUUUGGUGGUAGUUGGGGAUCUACUCUGGCCCUUGUCUACGCCAUUAAACACGCUGAUAGAGUAAAGGCCCUAGUUCUUCGGGGAAUCUUCAAUCUCAGAAGGAAGGAGUUGCUUUGGCUGUAUCAGGAGGGAGCUAAUUUCAUUUUUCCAGAUGAAUAUGAGGCCUAUGUGAAACCAAUUCCUGAGGUAGAGCGAUUUGACCUAAUGAGCGCGUUCUACAGGUGUUUAACCGGUAAUAACGAAGAUAAAAAAAUUGAGGCCGCGAAAGCCUGGAGUCGUUGGGAAAUGGCAUUAUCGCGACUUUACCUAGACCCUGCUAAUGUUCUGCGUGCUGAAGCGGACAAGUGGGCGCUGCAGUUUGCAAGGAUUGAAUGCCAUUACUUUGUCCAUGGUGGCUUCAUGGAGAAGGAUGACUGGAUCCUGGCUAACGUGAACAAGAUCAGAAACAUUCCGACUACAAUCAUCCAGGGCCGAUACGACAUUAUCUGUCCUGCUAUUACUGCUUGGGAUUUACAUAAGGUCUUCCCAGAGGCAGAUUUCCAGAUAGUCCCUGACGCUGGGCACAGUAACAGGGAGCCGGGAACACAGACCCAACUCCUGAACGCCUGUGAUAAAUAUAAGGACCUUUGAAUGGAAAUUAUUAAUAACAUCAGUCAUGCGUUACCUGUCAGGAUAGAAAAUCCCGACGUGAGGGAAUAAGUGUAAACUGGUAACGAGGCAUACCAAGAUACCAGCAACGCAGCGUGCUUGAGGGUCGGAAUUUUCCGGACUGGAAACGAAUGAUUGAUAUUUAUUUCUUGCAAACCUCAAUUUAUAACUUAUUAAGAGUUUGUCAUCAUCUCAUAAUAAUUGGCGAUACUGUUAACUAAAGUAUUAUUUUAAAGAAGCUGAAAGAAUAUAUAUAUAUAUUGACUUUUGGUGUUUUCAUAAUUCUUUUAACCAUGAAAUUCUAAGACGGAGCUCACGGUUUAAAAACGGGCUGAUUGUCUAUGUUUUAUUGAUUCAACUUGUGUAUAAUGCUACCAAAGUUUAUGACUAAAUGCACUUGUGUAUUAUUGGUAAACUGUAAGAAUAAUAAUAAACCACUAAGUCUAACUUUUCCAGCGGUUAUAAUGUUAAGACAUUAAUUAGUCAUUUGUCAAAAUAUUAUUACCGAAGGUUCCUGUGAUAUGUUUACAAUAAUUAUUAUCAUUAUUACUUCAAUAAAUAUAUUAUGUA